CCGUGCUCCUCCUUUUCCUCCUCCUCUUUCUCCUCCUCCUCAGGGCCCCAGUCAGGCCGAUCCGCUCCGCUCACGGAAGGAAACCUGAGAUAUAAAUUGCUUUCUUGUCUGGAGUCACAUGUACUUAGGUGACAAUUUACAGAAAGUCAACUCUGCAACUUGAUGGGCGACAACCCUUUUCAGCCAAAAAAUAAUUCAAAAAUGGCAGAACUCUUUAUGGAAUGUGAAGAAGAAGAGUUAGAACCAUGGCAGAAGAAAGUAAAAGAGGUUGAAGAUGAUGAUGAUGAUGAGCCAAUCUUUGUUGGAGAGAUAUCAAGUUCAAAACCAGCAAUUUCAAAUAUUUUGAAUAGAGUAAACCCCAGCUCAUAUUCAAGGGGAAUAAAGAAUGGUGCACUUAGUCGAGGUAUUACUGCUGCAUUCAAGCCUACAAGUCAACACUACACGAACCCAACAUCAAAUCCAGUGGCUGCCUCACCAGUAAAUUUUCAUCCUGAAUCUAGAUCUUCAGAUAGUUCUGUUAUUGUUCAGCCUUUGUCUAAACCUGGUUAUGUAACAAACUCCUCGCGAGUUGUGUCUAAUAAUUCUUCAGAGUUACUGUUUGACUUGACCCAGGAUACAGGAUCAUCACAUUACCAAGGAGGACCAACACUUUCUAUACCAGGUAUGAAUGAAAGUUCGUUUUUAUCAAAACGUCCUUCUACUUCUGAAGUAAACAGUGUUAAUCCAAAAAAGCCGAAGCCCAGUGAUGGAUUAAAUUCUUCAGCUGUUUUUCCUUCAGUUAAAUCUCUUUCAGUGACAUCUCCUCAGGCCAUGUCAUCAAAAGGUACAAAUACCUCAUCAAAUCAAUCUAAAAAUGGAACACCUUUUCCAAGAGCUUGUCCAAAAUGCAAUAUACAUUUUAAUCUUUUGGAUCCUUUGAAAAAUCACAUGAAGUACUGUUGUCCAGACAUGAUAAAUAACUUUUUAGGACUGGCUAAAACAGAAUUUUCAAGUACAGUAAAUAAAAAUAAGACUGUUGACUCAGAGAAAGGAAAAUUGAUUAUGUUAGUUAAUGACUUUUAUUAUGGAAAACAUGAAGGAGAUGUCCAGGAAGAACAGAAGACUCACACAACUUUUAAAUGCUUCAGUUGCUUGAAAAUUCUUAAAAAUAAUAUUAGGUUUAUGAACCACAUGAAACACCAUUUGGAACUUGAGAAGCAGAGCAGUGAGAGCUGGGAAAACCACACCACCUGCCAGCACUGCUACCGUCAGUUUCCCACACCAUUUCAACUGCAGUGUCACAUUGAGAGCACACAUACACCCCAUGAAUUUUCCACCAUUUGCAAAAUAUGUGAAUUAUCAUUUGAAACAGAGCAUAUUCUUUUGCAACAUAUGAAGGACAACCAUAAGCCUGGUGAAAUGCCAUAUAUUUGCCAGGUUUGCAAUUAUAGAUCAUCUUCAUUUUCUGAUGUAGAAACUCAUUUUAGAACAUCCCAUGAAAACACUAAGAACUUGCUAUGUCCAUUUUGCCUCAAAGUUAUUAAAAUUGCAACACCCUACAUGCAUCAUUAUAUGAAGCAUCAGAAGAAAGGAAUACAUCGUUGUACAAAAUGCAGACUACAAUUUUUGACAUGCAAAGAGAAAAUGGAUCAUAAGACUCAACAUCAUAGAACAUUUAUAAAACCUAAACAACUGGAAGGAUUGCCUCCUGGAACAAAGGUUACUAUUCGAGCUUCAGUUGGACCUCUUCAGUCAGGAUCUUCACCUACACCUUCCAUUAGUGCAAGCACUUCUACCCUUCAGCUCUCACCUCCAAGGACUAAAAAUAUAACUGCUAAAAAUCCCACAAAAUCUAACACAGGCAAACCUAAUACAACUAAAUCCAAUACAAGUAAACCUAAUGCAAGUAAGCCUAAUGGAAGUAAAUCUAAAUAUAAAUCAAAAAUCUCUAAUAUGCAAAAGAAACAAAGCACAUUGGCUAGUAGCAAUAAAAAAAGUAAAGUCAAUACAGCAUUGAGGAACUUAAGGUAUCGUCGGGGAGUUCACAAGUGCAUUGAGUGUUGUUCCGAAAUAAAAGAUUUUGCAAAUCACUUUCCUACGUAUGUCCAUUGUAGUUUUUGCAGAUACAACACUAGCUGUAGCAAAGCCUAUGUAAAUCAUAUGAUGAGCUUUCAUAGUAACCGCCCAAGUAAAAGGUUUUGUAUUUUUAAGAAGCAUUCAGAAGAUCUCAGGGGCAUUACUCUAGUGUGCCUUAGUUGUGAUUUCGUAGCUGAUGUUUCUGGCUUAGAUAAUAUGGCCACACACUUAAGUCAACAUGAAACUCAUACUUGUCAAGUUGUGAUAGAGAAAGUUUCUGUUUGUAUCCCAACUUCUGAACAUCUUUCUGAAUUAAAAAAUGAAGCUUCCACUAAGGAACAAGAACCUGUGUCUGAGGAAAUUGCAAGACCUAAUAUGGCUGAAGGAGAAAAAGAAACAUCAAAUUCUGAAAGUAAACAAGAUAAAGCUUCAGAGGAAGAAAAAAAUGGAUGUGAUACAAAUUCAUUUGAAGGCUCAUUAGCAACAAAAAGUGAAGAAAGCAUAACAGUUUCAAAUAAGGAAAAUGAUACCUGUCUUGAAGACCAGAAAACUGGGUUAAAGAAUAUCUUCAGUCACGACUCAAAUAUUGAUGCAGAUAAAGUAGAAAAGGAAAAACAAAUAGAGCACAUUUGUCAGAAAACAGAGUUGAAGAUGUGUCAGAGUUCAGGGAACAUAAUUUCAUGUGAUCAGAUUGAAGAUUCCAACUCCAGUGAAACUAGGUUUUCUUCAAAGAAUAUUAAGGAUUUGCGGUUAACAUCUGCUGAUGUUAGCAUUGAUCAGUUUUUGAGAAAAAGAGAUGAACCCGAAUCUGUUAGUUCUGAUGUUAGUGAGCAAGGCAGUAUUCAUUUAGAACCUUUGACUCCAUCAGAGGUACUUGAGUACGAAGCCACAGAAAUUCUUCAGAAAGGUAGUGGUGAUCCUUCAGCCAAGACUGACGAAGUAGUGUCUGAUCAAACUGACAGUGUUCCAGGAGAAAAUAGCCCUAGCACAACAGAGACAACAGUAGACCUGGCAGAUGAAAAAGAAAGAAGUUGAAAUUUAUUAGUCAUUCUAAGUUUAAUGUACCAACGGUAACAACAUUUGGAGCAGUGCUAUCAGAUGAGCUCAGUGGUGCUGUUACAUAAGAGUUCAGAAAGAGAAAAAUGCAAAGGAAGUCAUUCAUACACACUUUACCUGUAUGUUCAACCCAGGUUAUUAAAUCAGUUCACUGAUAAUAGCAUGAUCUGUAUGGAUUUCCAAGAAGCUUUUAAAACAUAAUAAGAUUUUAAUGGAAGUUAAGUUUGCAAAAGAAAAGUCUUAAUUUAGCAGUUUGUGAGGAGAACUUGGUGGCUAGUAUGAAUUGAUUAUUAGAAUAUUAAUUAUAAUAAUAAAGCUUUUGAAACUUCCAUCAGUCCUAAGCUAAAAGUUCUUAUUACCUAUCUAAACUUUUCAGUUAAUUUAAAGGAAAAGAUCUGGAAACCACAUGCCUUUUGGGGAUAAUUGAUUUAAAAUAAUGGCUGAUAGGCAUUGUUAAUGAAGGCUUCAUUUUGAGUAUGAUGCUGGUAAAUGGAGCAUGCUUAGAGUGCUAAAUUAAUUGAUCCAAUGAGCAUUCGGAUGAACAUAAAAUUAAUUUUGGAUUUAAUAUAACAUUCCAGACUGUCAGAAGCAUGUAAACAGAAUAUUUCAAUCUGUGUACCUCCGUACAAGUGUUAGCCUGCCAGGCUGUAAGCUUACCUUAAUUAAACUUUCAGUGAAAGUGAAAUAAUUAAAAUAUAAAUUUAUAUUUGUGCUUUUUGUCAGUGUGUAAGCUGUGCAGAAAUCCUUGAUGUGCUAGUUGUAUAAAAUAGAAACCCAUUGUUGAAACCCCUAUAGCUAUUAUGUUUUUAAUAUUGUUUUAAUGAUCUUUAGAAAUAGACCCAUAAAAAUGGUCUGGAAACCAAACCAAAGUAUGGUAUAAUGUAGAUAUUGUAAAGCAGUAAACUGAAAACAUGUCCUGGCUCAUGCCAUGUUUAAGUGACUUUUUCUUUAAUUGUAUAAUAGAAACUUCAAAUGGGACCUUUUAAAGCAGUGAUGUAAAAAAUUGGUUUGGGAUAUUUAGCCUAAUUUAUCCAUAUCCUAUUUUAUCCAUAAAAUGGCUGCUAAAUUGAUUUUUCAGUUGUUUUUUUAUCAUCUAGAAAAUAAUAGAUAUAGAAAUAAAUAAUAUGAAUAACAGUAGUUUGCUUUAAAGUACUAAAAAAACUUAUUUAAAAUGCUACAUUUUUACUUCCUAAAUGUGCUUUGAAUUCUUAAAUUUUGUUUCACUGAAUGUUAAAUGUUUUAAAUGGCUAUUAAAAUUCUGCUGUAUAUAAUAGUUUUUGAGUAAAUAUUUGCAAUAAAAAUCUGUCCCUGAAUAAUUUUAUUUUUCAGAAAGCUACUUGAGUCGAAUUACCUUUGGCGCCUUUAGAGAUUGUGUAUUUCUUCAAGGAAAUUUCAUGUUAAAGUUAGCAGUAGGAUUUCAUUCUGUAUUCUUUAAUUGAUGCAUGAUUUAUUUUAAGUUAGGACUUAAAGUAUGGGAUAAAAUACUGUUAAUAUUUGCAGAGAAUAGAUUUGCUUUAAAAAUUCUUUUACUUCAAGAGAAAUAUAAUUUACUAUUAUAGUUUUCUAUCUCAGCAAAUUAAAGAGGCUAAAUAGGCAAAAUAUAUUAUUGACUGACUUCUUGAAAAGCUGUUUUUGGAAGUCAAAUAUUUUCAUCUUUCCUGCUACUAAGAAAAGAUAGGGAGAGAGGGACUUUAGUUAUUACACUUCACCUUGCUGAAACAUAAAUCUAUAGCAGACAAGAUUUUUGGAAUAAUGUAAAUCUUAGGAAGAGUAAAGAGAAGAAAGUCUAUAAAAACCAUUUUCUGAAUCCUAUUUAAUUAGUUACCACACCUAUCACCUAAUGCUACAAAACCCUAGAUCACUGUGCCAAGAUAAGUCUCUAAAUGACACUGUUAUCCCUUUGAGCUUUGGGUAGUUCCUUCUGCUGUGGCUAUAUACCUUUAGAGUCAUGGUAUUCAAAGUAGCUAAUCAAUGAGCUGUUUAUACCAGUAUGAGAAAAGGAACCUGAACCAAACUAUAAGUCCUUCACUGAGAAAGCCUGGCAAUGAAAACAAUAGUUGAAAUGACCAUUGUACUUGGUAACAUAAUUGGUUUAUAUUCUCACACCAUCUCAUCUCAUUCCGUUCAGUAGCAAAAAAGUUCAGAUGUGUAAACCAAAACUUUGAGUAGCAGUGCUUUAGAACAGUGGUCAGCAAACUUUCUGUGUAGGGCCAGAUAGUAAAUAAUUGUGGACCAUGUGGUCACAAUUAUUCAACUUGUCCUUGUAGCUUGAAAACAGCCGUAGAUGCAAUGUAAAUGAUAGCCUGUUUG